UUCACCUUGAACACGCCAAGCACAUAGAUUUAAAGCGAGCGCAAUCCCAACGCCAUGGCUGGUAUUCCGACGCCUUCUAGCCCUGUCAAUGCUUGGAGCUCAACAUCGGCGGUUGAAGACGCCCGUAGCGAACUUGACGAAGAAAUGGAUGCUUUGCGCCGUAAAGAAUGUCAACUGAAGACUCGCCGAAACGCGCUCUCAAGAAUAUGUGUUGUCCCACCCGAAAUCCUAUCUCUGGUGUUUCUCUACUACGUGGACUCUGCUUCCGAUCAUCACAUCCCCUUUCAUACGCAUAAAUUUUGGAUCCGAGCCAUUAGUCAUAUCUGUCGGCAUUGGCGUGAGGUGGCGCUGUCAUCUCCAGCUCUCUGGACCAGAUUUGCAGAUUAUCACUGUCUGCCAUUUACCGAGGAGAUGCUUAAGAGGUCAGGGAGCUCUCCUUUGGACGUGACCUUGAUGAUCGAUACGGAUGGCCAUACUGCAACCAGUGGUCAUGCGCUUGCAGCACCACGACGCGUACUGGAGGACAUCCACCGUAUUCGCGAGCUCGAUUUGAGCAUCUCCAUCUCCACAGCCAAGUGUACCUUUGAGCGACUCGCUGCUCCUACGCUAUUACUCACGUCAUUGAUUGUCACCAACAUUAAAGGGAGGUACCCACCCUACACGCCCGUGCAGAUCCCCAAAUCUGCGAUACCCAACAAUUUCUUAGGAUUCACCCCCGUUCUGCGCAAACUGAAAUUUUACAGAUGUGACAUUCCUUGGGACCUCCCUUUACUGAAAGGACUGACGGAGUUAGGCAUCGCUCACGUUUCCACCGAUGCCCGCCCUACCUAUCAGCAACUUCUGUAUGUCCUCAGACAGAUGCCUGCCCUGAAGAGGCUCUCUCUCGUAGAGGUCUUGCCAACAUCAGGGACCAGUGCUGAAGAAAGCACUGUCCGUCUUCCAGAACUUGAGCAGCUCUUUGUGGGCUGUUCACCUACGCAAUGCGCACAGCUUUUGCGUUGUCUUCUUUUCCCGGGGUCGACCAGAGUCAAACUUGUCUGCAAGGGGACUGGCCGCGCUGAGGACUAUACGUCAAUGGUCUCGAUGUUGAGAGAAAGGUGUUUCCCUCCCCUCGACCUAAAUGCUACGAAACCCCGUGAAUGUCUUGCAAUCUGGAAGGCUUACACAAACGGUCACAAUAUGAAGAUCGGCCUCCGUCGGUUUAACGGCAAGUUGACCGAUCCAGACACACUGAAGGGCUGGCGCCUCCUCAUUGAUUUGAGGUCGUUUCAAUCUGAAGUGUCUGUGACCGCUUUCCUCGUUUCACUCUUCGCAGAGGCAUCCAUACCAAGUAUUUGCGCCGUUCAAGUUUUUGAUUUGCCGCAGUUACCUGUUGAUCUGUGGCACAACUUGUUGAGCUGUGCAUCAAAGACCAGGACACUAGCAGUUGGCUGCACGUAUCCUCAUGCAAUAAGGAAUCUCGUUUCAGUCUUGGGUCCUACGGUGUCCCAAUCGCCUUCGCCUGGCACAUCCGAACGUCAGGACGUCAAACUCCCUCAUCUAGACAAACUUAUACUGUGGGGUGUCGAAUUUGAAGAUGACUACCAGGAACCCACCGGUCAGCAUCCCAGUGUUGAUCUAAGCGAGCUCUAUGAUUUCCUCAUCGCCCGGGUCAACGCCGAUGCGGGUCUGGGAAAGUUAGACAUUCGAGAGUGCUUUGGCUUCUACGAAGGUGACGACUUGUUCCUCCAGGAAGUGGUCCCUCAUGUCAUCUGGGACGGGCAAGAACAAGACCCUUAUGAGCAGGAUUCCUCCGAGUCAGGGGUCACGGUGGGCCUUUCAGAUGAUAAUUACGGCCAUGAUUCUUAUCGUCGCUAUAGCCGCUCGUACGGGGGCUAUUACGACGAGGAUGAGGACUGAUUUCACAAUUCUACUUCGCCUGCCGUGCUUUCACGUCAAGUUGCUUUUAUGUUAGUUAUCUAUGUGGUCGUCAUACUAUCCUUUCG